ACAUGUUGUGCAUAACACUCGCGUGGCGAGGCUUCCUAAAGAUGAAGUUCCGCUAUUUGAAAACACUGAGGGCCCGGCCCUCGCGGGUAUCGUGAGGCACAGGGUCAUGGUAUGGAAAGUGAUCACACUUUGCGGCGACAGGCAAUUCUUGUCGCAGCUGAAAGGUAAUUGUCCUAUGCGGCUGCGUAAAACCUAAAGUUGAGUAGCCCCAAGGCUCAUAUUUGAUUCCAGCCAUUCAGGCCUCUUAUAAUCCGACGGAGAUGUCUAAGAUGGCUCUCAACUGCAUUGCUCACCAUGUCCGACGCCUUUCCCGCUCCCGCUCCGCCUUCGCUUCCCACUUUCGCCAACCUUGGAGCCUCACCGCCUAAGGAUCCCGACGCACAAGCCAUUGGCCGCGACUGGCUCACCAGCUUUGCCGCUGCCAUCGACAGCCGCGAUGUGAACGGCCUUGUCUCUUCGUCCCUGCUCACCGAUCCGUGGUGGCGUGACGUCUUUGCGCUCACCUGGGACCUCCGCACCUUCUACGGCCGCGCCAAGGUCGAGACCUUCCUCAACGACCGCCUCGCCGAGACUGGUUUCGGCAACGUCGCCUUCGCCAACGCCGUCUACCAGCCUGCCGGGGUCGACCUCGCAUGGAUCCUCGUUCAGUUCUCAUUCGAGACCACAGUCGCCAUCGGCAAGGGUGUUGCACGCCUGGUUUACUGCCCUGACGACACAUGGCGCGCCGUUACGAUAUCGACGCAUCUCGACGGUCUCAAGGGCCAUCCGGAGCUGACGAGCGCGGACCGCGACUCUCGAUUCAACCAGGGCGACUGGGCCGAGCGGAGGAAGAAGGAGCUCGAGUUCGCGGACAAGGACCCUGAGGUGCUGGUCAUUGGCGGAGGCCAGACCGGUCUUCAGACGGCGGCUCGGCUGAAGCACCACAAGAUCAGUCACCUGAUUAUCGAGAAGAGCGCCCGCAUCGGGGACAACUGGAGGGCGCGCUAUGAUUCCUUGACUCUUCAUGACCCCAUAUGGUGCGACCAUCUGGCCUACCUCCCAUUCCCCGUCUCUUGGCCAAUCUUUCCUUCAGCCAAACAGCUGGCAGAUUGGCUAGAAUUAUACGCCCAAGCGCUAGAACUCAACGUCUGGUUCUCCUCAGAGGCCGUCAGCGCGGUCCACAACAAAAACACCAACAAAUGGGAUGUCAUUAUUCGGCGUGGGGACGGGUCGGAGCGGACGAUGCAUGUCGACCACGUCGUGUUUGCGCUCGGGUUCUUGUUCAAGAAGACCGUUUUUCCUGGACAGGACAAAUUCCAAGGGCAGAUCGUACACUCCAGCGAGUUCAAGGCGAAAGGCCUUGAGGGUAAGAAGGUGAUCAUUGUCGGCGCUUGUUCUUCGGCGCACGAUAUCGCUUCCGACUGUGAAGACGAAGGCGCCGACGUGACGAUGGUCCAGCGCAGCUCGACAUGUGUCAUGUCCAUCGAGAAAGGUGUCCUCACCGCUAUGCCCCGGGCGGUAUGGGAAAAGGGGACGCUCGAUGAGGUGGACAACAACUGGGUGUCGAUUCCCUCCCACUUCACGAAACCCAUCUCGCAGCGCGUGACAGCGUAUAUUCGGGGUCUCGACAAAGAUCUGCUCGACGGCCUUGACAAGGUCGGGUACAGGCUGAACGACGGCCCCGACGGCACCGGAGUGGCCUACUCGUUUACUGACCGCGGCGGUGGAUACCACAUCGAUACUGGGGCCUGCCAGAAGAUCAUCGACGGGAAGAUCAAGGUCAAGUCUGGGUUUGAGAUCGACAGGAUCACGGAGACCGGCGUCGUCUUCAAGGACGGCAGCGAGCUCCCUGCGGAUGUCGUCGUCAUAGCCACUGGCUUUGACGACGCUCGUGCGCCGAUCCGCAAACUCGUCGGAGAUGACGUUGGGGCGAAAAUCCCGCCCCUCUGGGGCCUGAACGAGGAACGCGAGCCCAGAGGAGUCUGGCGCGAGAACGAGGGCUUGCCGAACAUGUGGAUUAUGAUGGGCAACAUCUUCUUCAGUCGCUAUUUUUCCAAGAGUGUAACAUUGCAGAUCAAAGCGAAGCAAGAGGGGCUCUACGGCACGCGUUAUACGGCACCUGAGUCCUGAUAAUAUUAUUUAGCCGAGAUCUGGCGCGUAUGCGUAGUACUAGCAGAGAAAGACAGGUGCUACACCUAGAUGUCAAGUGAGACAGCGUAUGCCGGGAUUCAACGUGCAUGACAGAUGCCUUGCUAGGUUGUGCUCUGGCACACGAACUUGAAGAAAUGACCACUGUUUGUGCGCUACCAAAACUACAGAGAGAGGAUGCCACUGUAAGUCAG